UCCUGGCCCUGCCAGAGGAGGAGGCAUGGCGGCCCCAGCAGUGCGCGCUGCUCGAAGCCGACGCCUCCGAGGAGGUGGGCAUGCUGCCGGCCUCCCCGCGCUGCGCCGCCGCCGGCUUCGACAACUUCUUCCCGGUGCAGGAGGGCGAGGGCCCGGGCUGGGAGGGCAGCUCCAGCCCCUUCCUCCCUGUGAGCCCCGAGGUGAUGAAGCGGCGGCGCGGGGGUCUCAUCGAGCAGCGGGACAUCAUCAAGGCCCACGAGGCGCACAAGAUGCAGAGCACCCCGCAGGCGCGGCGCAAGGAGUGGGAAUUGAAGAGUCGUUAAAUGUCAUCAAGGGCAAGGAGACCGGCUCUCGGUGUUUUUUGGCGGUGCUGGUCAUAAUGGAAUUUACCUUCCUGGCUUGCACCUUCCUGGAUGGUGCAAAUGGGGGUGGCUGA